CACCAUCUGACAACCUCGCAGUCAACACAGCCGUAACAUAAAGAAAAAGACUACUGCCGUACCGCGACCAGUUCAAGAGUACGACGCUCGAAUACCGAAAUUGGCUUGGGUUCGCUCAUCCCAGACCAACUACCAGCAGAAUGUCAACUACGAUAAUUCAGUGACAGUACUACCUAGCCAAAAUACCGACCGUACACGUGCUAGAUAAACGAAAAUAAACCUAGUCUGUAGUACUACCAGAAAACAAGUGCUUCGAAGCUUGGCAAAAGCUUCGAAAAGUUUUUAGUGCUUCGACAGUGUUGGUGACGCUACACAGGAUAGCUUUCUUUUUUGGAUAACGUUUUUAAUAAAAUUCUUACAUAAUAAGACUUGACUUGCCAAAAUGACUGUUUUCGGUAUGGCUUCCGCGGUGGCGGGCUUCAUCAAAGUCCGCUACCUCAUCGACAAGGCGAUGAUAGACAACAUCGUCUUCCGAGCCCACUACAGAGUCACCUCCGCCAUAUUGUUCCUCUCCUGUAUUAUAGUCACCGCCAAUAACCUGAUAGGUGAUCCGAUUCAAUGUAUAAAUGACAGAGGUGUGCCUGGUCACGUGAUCAACACGUACUGCUGGAUAACGUACACGUUCACUUUGCCACACGAGCAAGGAAAAAUCGUUGGAACCGAAGUGGCCCAUCCGGGUUUAGGAAACGAGAACCAAGAGAAAACGUAUCACAGUUACUACCAAUGGGUUCCAUUCGUCUUAUUCUUUCAGGGUGUGGUUUUCUACGUUCCUCACUGGCUGUGGAAAAACUGGGAAGAAGGAAAAAUAAGAAUGAUUUCCGGAGGACUGAGAGGUGCCCUGGUUGGUGAGAAAGCCGAAAGGGAACAAAGACAGAACAGAUUGGUACAGUACCUCAUCGAAACGAUGCACCAGCACAACACCUACGCAUUCGGGUACUUUCUGUGCGAAGCUCUCAAUUUUAUCAAUGUGAUUGUAAACAUAGUUUUGACUGACAAGUUCCUAGGUGGCGCUUUCAUGAGCUACGGUACUGACGUAGUACGAUUCUCCAACAUGAACCAAGAGAAUCGUACCGAUCCCAUGGUGGCUGUAUUUCCCAGAGUAACCAAAUGCACAUUCCACAAGUUUGGUCCAUCAGGUUCAAUCCAAAAACACGACGCCCUCUGUGUUCUAGCUCUGAACAUCCUCAACGAAAAAAUCUACAUCUUUUUGUGGUUCUGGUUCAUCAUCCUAGCCAUCCUCUCCGGACUGGCUAUAGUGUAUUCAGCAGCUGUCAUUUUACUACCUAGCACUAGAGAAACGAUUCUGAAGAGAAGGUUCAGAUUUGGAGCUCCUAAUGCAGUGGACACCAUUAUUAGAAAAACUCAAGUUGGAGAUUUCCUGUUGCUCCAUCUCUUGGGCCAAAACAUGAACCUACUGGUCUUUGGAGAAAUCCUGGAUGAAUUCGUGCGCAGAAUGAACUUCGGGAGUAAUAGUAAUCUACCAUCGGCACCAAGCACACUGGAGAUGAGCCCGAUUUAUCCAGAAAUAGAGAAAUACGGAAAGGAGACCGAAACUUAAUUUUUUUUAGCUUAAACCAAAAUUUUAUGGCAUUUUUUUAAUAUUUACUUAAAUCUCCUUUAUUCUUCUGUAGUUUUGGACAAUUUAUAUCAAGUUUAGGAUCUCAAAAAAUAUACUAGAAAAAAAAACUAAAAAAAAAUAUUCUUUCUGUGAUUUUUUUUAAAUGAAAAUAUUUUACAGAAUUUUAGUGUUAUAAGUAUAAUUAUGUAAUUGAUAAUAUGAUAAAUUUUACUA